AUUAAAUGGUGUCAUAAGAAUUUCAAACAUUGUAAGCAUUUGAAGAAAGUGCAACAUGAAAAGAGAUAAAGCUGCACAGUUGAAGAUCUCUGAAGUAAUGACAUUUUGGCAAACUGUGUUCCCGGCAUAGUGAUGUUACUGGUAGGAAGCUUCUAAUGGUAAAGUACUAAAGAAAAAGAGACAAUUUGUCACUACAAUGAAAGUCUAGCUGAGAAAGCCUGAAGAGAUGGUUGAACAUAAUAGGGCAAAGUCUGUUUAUAUGAGACCAAAAUGUUUCCUGAGCUGGUGCCAUGUUUUGAAUUCAGAAGAUUAUUAAAUAGAGGUAUUUUCCCACAGCACAUUGGCUUGAUUGUGAAUACAUGAGUUCAGACUUUGAGAAACAACUGUUGAGAAGUUUACAUUUCAAAACCAAACAAAAGGAGCCUGUGAUUUGGGCUGUUAAUCACUGGGACAGAGGUCAGGUAUGAGCCUGUGAAAGUAAUUGGCUGUAUUAUGAUGCCUUCAAGGACUGUAGUAACAAAAAGACAAAGAGUAAGCAAACAAGUAAAGUCACACCUGUUGUGCCCAAGAAGGCUUUUGCUUUUGAAAUAAAAUUGCCCACUUAAAUUUUCCUUAUAUUGAAUGAUAAUAGCCUAACUAUUACAUGGGUUUUGAGCUGAAGACGUGGAUAGACUUUCCUCUCAAAAGUUUCAACAGCUAGCCUUCAUUAUUGCUUUGACCCUCUCUUUUUAGAGUCAAUAUGGCCAACUUUGUCUGUAUUAAACCAUUAGUGAUUGCUAUGGGCGGAUUUAUCCCUGAGUUUUCAACAUUUUGACGUCAAUCCUGUCUAAGACUUGCUGCAGUAACACGCGCCACAUCACUGAAGGCAGAAGUACGAGGAGCGCGUGAAGGCAGCAGCGGCCAAAGCUCGCGGGGGAGACAGCCAGGUGAACAUGAACGGUGAAAAAAGCCCGGUACUGAAGAUUAUCCUCAUAGGAAGCUCCGGGGUGGGGAAAUCCUCCUUCAUGAACAGAUAUGUGAAUCACCGCUUCACCAAUGUGUACCGAGCCACUAUAGGGACAGACUUUCUGUCCAAAAAAAUCCACCUAGACGGGGAAACUGUCAUCCUGCAGCUUUGGGACACAGCUGGAACAGAGAGGUUCCAGUCUCUUGGCACACCUCUGUACAGAGGAGCCCACUGCUGCAUGCUGGUGUUUGAUGUCACAUCCAGAGCUAGUUUCUCUGCUCUGGAGGGCUGGAGGAAGGAGUUUCUGAUCCAGGGCGAGCCUAAGAACCCGUCUGAUUUCCCCUUUAUUGUUCUGGGCAACAAGACAGACCUAAGCAACAGGGAGGUGUCUAGCAGGCUGGCCCUGCAGUGGUGUAAGGAAAUUGGAGCUGAAUACUUUGAAGGAAGUGCCAAACAGGACCUGGAUGUGGAAAAGCCAUUCCUGAGAGCAGCUCAGAGAGGCUUACAACAGUACAAAAAACACACAUUGGAAAAUACAGGACAUUUCCAGAUAACCUGCAAACAGCCGAGAGAGACUCGCAACACCUGUGGGUGCUGAGGGCAGCACUUGUCCCAGUGUGGGAGGGAAAGUUCGAGAGACCUCGGCACUGCUGAUGAUGACCUAUCUAACAAGGGUGCAAAAAUAGUGACCCAGCAAAGGUACUGUGGAAGGAAAGGACACAAUUGUAUACCACAUGGAGAGAGGAACAAACUCAUUGAAUGUUUUUUUCUUUUUUUGAGAACCUUCAGCUUAUGGUCUAACUUAAGGCAUCACUACUAAAAUACACUGCUUUUGCAUGCAUGUCUAGUUUUGUUCAACAGACACACUGACACGCACAAAAAUUAUGAAUGCAUAUGAAGAGAAAGUUCAUUGCUAGAAAGGAAUCGGGAGAAACCACAAACGAAAACCAAGGUGCCAGCCGGAGAAAAGGCAGCAGGCGAAGACCUUGGCUCUGAUCGUCCUGGCUGUUACCAUCACAACUGAAUCUGUCCUUACAAAGUAGUUAUACACUCAUGUCCAGUCAGAAAUGUCCUCCCUGUACAAGGUUGUAUUGUAAUGAACCUAGCAUAGAUUCAGACUUCUACAGUGAAUCAGCCUGACAGAAGCAAAUUAGAACAAUCAGGGAGACUAUAUAUAUUUAUAUAUAUAAUUGUUUCUUUUAUAAGUAAAGACACAAAAGGCAAUCGAGAGAUGACCAACAUGUAAAAACUGUUUGUUACAGGUAAUUAUAUAAAAGGCCAAGAUGUUUUUUGUGUUU